AAUUGCUCUUCUGCUUGACAGUUUAGCAGCUAUAGCAAGGAAAAGACCAGUUCAUUAUGGUAUCAUUCUAUCGGCACUGUUGGAAUUUGUUCCAAGUUUUGAGAUGGUAAAAGGGCGUCAUGCUGCCAGUAUCCAGUAUUCUAUAAGAUCUGCACUUUUGGGAUUCCUAAGGUGUCUGCAUCCAGCGUUUGUAGAGCUUGGUUUUCAGUCAAGAGACAGGUUGCUAAAGGCUUUAAGAGCUAUGAAUGCUGGAGAUGCUGCAGAUCAGGUAAUCAGGCAAGUGGACAAAAUGGUGAAGGCUGCAGAUCGAGCUUCACGUGAUGCUUUGCUGGGCAAGGAUGACCAAUCAUCAAAUCAGCAUAAUGCAUCAGUGGAUCUUACAAGAAAAAGACCUAGGCUUCUGGACGAUGAAGAACUUCCCAAUGGCCAUGAGGUUUCCAAGCAAGUUCGCUUAGGUCCAGAUUUUCACCCAAUUUCCACAGUGCGAAAAGAUGGUACUCGACAGAGUGCCAUCUCUAAUGGGACAUCCCAUGAUGUUCCUACAUUAGAUGUUGAAUCGACUCCUGCAGAGCAGAUGAUUGCAAUGAUUGGUGCCUUACUAGCUGAAGGGGAGCGAGGUGCAGAAUCACUUGAAAUUCUGAUUUCAAAUAUUCAUCCCGACUUGCUGUCUGAUAUUGUCAUAACUAACAUGAAGAACUUGCCCAAAGCCCCCCCUCCAACCACUAGGCAUGGGGACUUACCUGUAACUCAUCAAGUAAGUAGUCACGGACAAGUUCUGGCACCAUCAGCUCCAUUGAGUUCUGUGCAAACUUCAGUUUCUACUGCACAAGCUCCUUUUUCUUUGGCCACCUCCGCUGGUUCAACUUAUGCUGAGUCUGCUGUCAAUAGUCUCCCUGUUGACUCUAAACGCGAUCCAAGAAGGGAUCCCCGCCGCCUUGAUCCUCGCCGUGGAGGAGUAUCUUCUGCUUCUAGUGUGGAAGAGGCAAUUUCAAAUACAUCUGAUGUUGAUGGUUCCAUAUCUUUGGGAAAAUCUGCUUUGGUUCCUGUUUCUACGACAAUCGAGAAUUCUUCGGUAUUUUCUAUAUCUAAAACAAAAGUUGAAGAAAAAAUCAUUGAAACUCCAUUCCCGAUUGGAACAGAUCAACCAACCCCCAAAUCAAAAUCUCCUGAUAGAGCUGAGAAAGUUGACUCUAUAUUAGAGAUUGAUGCCCCUCUGGAUCCCUUUUCUACUGCUGUUGGAAAAGCUGAUGAUGAUUUAGUUGCAGUUAAUUUGGUCGAUGACUCGGCAACAAAGAGGGAUGAUACAUCGUCUUCUAUAGAAUACAAUCCGUAUUCUCCAUCAGUUACGAAUGCAGCUGCAUCUGAAGAUACCUGUGAGGAAUUGCCUCAGCUUCCUCCAUACGUUGACUUGACUCCAGAACAGCAAAUAAGUGUAAGAAAUUUGGCAGCUGAAAAGAUAUUUGAUUCGUGCAAGAAUUUAAAUGGGGCAGACUGCCAUCAGAAAUGCUCGGCAAUAAUUGCUCGAAUGGUUGCUCAGGUGGGGGCAAUGUCUGAUUGUUUAUUUAUUAUUUUUUUGGUUUUUCUCUUUAACAAGACAAACUUUGAUUACUAUCAAAAUUAUACUGUACAAUGAGAUUGGCGGAAUUGAAGUUCAGCCACGUUGUACAUAAGGUAAAUAACAGCUUUCCAGCUAGCUAUUAGUGUGAACAUAAGUAACUACUAAGGAAGAUGUAUUCUUCAAGUUUUUGUCCAGGAAGCCAAAGAGGCCCAAAGUGUAAUAUACGCUAUUAUUUAUUCACAUUCAUAUAAGUUUUGUUUGAUUC